GCGUAGUUAAAUGAGAUUCUGGUGAGAUGUGCAUAUUUUUGAACUCAGCUAACGGCCACCUGAUUGAAAGAUAGAGAUGUGGGAGAGAGACAUUGAGAUAAAGACACAGAGAUAGUGAGAGAGGUAGAGAGAGAUAUAUUGAGAGCGAGAACACGUUUGGAAAGAGAGAGGGGGGACUGUACAGUUUCUGCAUUUACAUCUUUUUGGUGGUACAUUCUUUUUCUCAAAAAGCAGGAAGCUGAGACAAGCUCGCGAACCGAGACAAGCAGGAAACAGACCUUUCCGAAACGAAGCGUCACGGCAACGUAGUUCAGAGUCGAAACAAGACGCCCGAAACUCAGAACAAAAAUCGAAAAGUAAAACAAACCAAAAAAACUGGAACAACUAUAACAAAUACAUUAAAAACACUCCUAAAAUUCUUCAAACGUAGGCGAAACAAAAAGGGACGCAGAAGAAGCAGCUGGAUGACAAAGCAGACCUCCAGCGGACCGACGACAGGGAUGAGACGAGGCCCGGUGCUCUCCCGGUUCAUCCUGCUCUGCACCGUCACAGGCCUGGCUUCCUGCGAUGUUCAGGUGUCCUACAGGCGGGAGCGGGGAGUCCUGGAGGUGACCUGCUGCCUGCGAGGAGACCCCAACACCACGCUGACCCAGGUCAACUGGGUUUUGAACCGUGGGCCGUCCAACCAGUCCAGCCUGGGUGUGUUCCACCCGGUCCAUGGAGCCUACAUCCCCCCAGAGUACGAAGACAGGGUGGGGGUCAAAGGCAGCGUGGAGGACCGCAGCUCCACCCUCCGCCUGCUGGGGGGCGCUGUAGAGGAGGAGGAGGGGGGGGUGUGUUGCGUCUUCAACGCCUUCCCAGUGGGGGUGUUGCAGGGCUGCGUGGACACAAGUGCUAUGGCUGCCGCUCAGGAGGGGGAUCUUUCUGAGGAAGUACAGAUCAGAGAAGUGGAGCGAUGGGCCCUGCUGAUUGGAGGAGCUCUGCUUUGUUUCCUGUCUAUCAUCACGUCCAUAUACUUACUCUGCAAGAACUGCUAUAGACACUGCUGUAGAAGAAGGAGAGUGUUUGAGGUGCACACAUGUUUAAGUGACCUGCAUGCACAAUCUGAGGACAUCCUAGUGGAGUCUGCCCCUGGGUCCCAUCCCUGCCCUCCCCUCCCCCCAGCGCCCCCCCAGCCCCGAGGGUUUGACCCCUCCAAGCUCUAUGCCAAGAUUAAGCUGGACCUUCUGUACGGCAGGCUGUGGAGGUCCUACCAGGGCACCUCCAGGGCCCGGACCCCAGACCCCUCAGGCCCCCCGGAGCCCCCCAGCCCGCCACCGGCUCACCCAGAGCGGGUAUACUCUCUCCUCACCCAGCCUCGACCCUCGACCCAGGAAGAGGUCACAGAACCGAGCCCGGAGGAGAGGUCAGAGGUCACCUCAGAGCCCACGACCUCGGAGCAGGCUCAGGGGUCAGAGGUCACGACAAGCAGCUCUGCGGAACAUCCAGAGGAACAGCAUGUCUGUGACGAUGUCACAAUGACAUGAUUCCGGCACAUUCUCAAAAGCUUUAACCAGUUCUGGUACACAAACUCACUAAUUGUCAGUGCUAGAGGAUGAUUUGGGAGGGCGUAAUGAUUGUCUCUAGAGAGAGCUGUGUGGUGGAUGAAGACAAAAGAAGACCUAUGCACUUUUGUAAAGCUCUCUCUUGGAAGUCACUUUGGAUAAAAGCGUCUGCUAAAUGAAUACAUGUAAAUGUAAGAAGUGGUCCUCUAAUCUUGGUGUGUUUUUGUCAAUAUGAUUUUCAGCAGAAACCCAGUAGGGUAUUUGGCAUGCUGUUUGGAGCACUCUGAAAUGUAAAUAUUAACAGCUUAAACUACCUAGCAGCCCACGAAGUCGGUGUUUGUGUUUUGGUAUGUAAAUACAAAGUAUUAACAGUUAUUUUAUCAGUACAUCUAACAGUUCUACCUAUUUUGCUCCAUGGAAGAUGUUUUAACAUUGUAUUAGUGAGGUUUAAAAUGGAAUAGAAUAUAAUGUAGUAAUUCAAUAGUCAUUUUUUUGUAAAUAGGAAUGUCAGGAUGUUAAAUAGGAGUGAAAUAAACUUGAACGAACCAACAAA